AUGGGCCAGGUGAGUGGGGCUAAGAGGGUUGUUGGUGAGAAUGUCACUAAGGCGUUGCAAGCCGUUGUGGACAUGAACACAUCUCUUAUGAUGGAUUUGAAGGCAGUGAGAGAGAAGAUUAAAUUAGAGAUUACAGAUGUGAUUACGAGUUUGGAAGUUGAGACUUUGGAUAAGAAAGUGAGAGAUGAUUUGAAGACGUUGAAACAAAGGAUUGAGAAACUUAACGAGCAAGUUGAACCGCCUGGUGGUCUUGUAAGUGGUCAGUUGGAACAGCUCAAAAAUGCCGAAGAGGAGUUCAAUCAGAAGACAAAUCCAAUUACUAUGGAAACUAGGAACCUGGACCAGAAUUUUAAGAGUGCGAUCCAACAGCCGCUUAGCAAGGCGGUCCAAGCAGUUGAUUCGGCGAUUGGGAACCUCGGCGGGAAUCUCAAGUUGAGCGGCGGUGAUGAAAAGAAAUUGGAAAAGAUUUUCGGGUAUAUUAAAGAUAAGGUUGGGAAUAUUAAGGGGACGCCGGGGAGUCUCAAUGGCGAUGGUGGCAAAGGUCUCGACGGGAUUAACCAGAAGAUAGGGGGGCUUGCUAGGGCGUUUGUUCCGGGAAACGGGCAAAAUGGUUUUAAUGCCAGAGUAGAUGGAUGGUUGGAAGGUGUCAUAGGGAAUAACGGGCAAGGGGCGAACAGUAAGCCCGGGUUGAAAGCUGUGAACUCUUGGAUUAAGGCGUAUAAUGGCAGGGUUGGGAAGCAAGGUGUCGAUGUAAAAGGAACUGUUAAAGAACAGAUUAUGAAACAAGCAGAAAUCUCACAAGCCGUUGAGCAAGCCCAGAAGAUCAUUGACAAAAUUAAGGAUAACAUUAACCAAAACAACAUCACAGAAAAUCUCACCGCCAUCAAGGAGGCUUGCGAUAAAUUUGUCGAGAAGCUUGAUGAGAAGCUCACGAAUAAUAAAAUUGGUGAGCUUGCCACGACGAUAGCCGGGAAGAUUCAGGAUCCACAGGGAUUGCAGAGGUCGUCUAGAUCUUCCACCAACCCUGAUUCAGAUCUCACUACCGCCGUCCGUGCCACCCUCCUUGCGCUAUGCGGCGGUGUCAAGCAUACUUCCGACGAACUCAACUUUUUGGGCAUAAGCGUGUUUGGCAACAUCCUGGAUAAAAUAAAGCCGACGGUUGAUGGGCUUCACGAUCAGCUUACCGCGGCGACUACCACCAACUCUUUUCCCCCUGGCCAACCAGAAAGCCCCGCCCGAGCCGUGGACAGUAAGUUGGAGGCGGUGAGGGAUGAGGUUACGGGGCUUACUGCCACCUUUACGGGUAGCGUCACUAAUAACCUUACCGCUGCAGUCUCAAAACUUCCCCAAGCAGUCACUGCUUUCAACACUGUCGCUCAAGCACAGAUCAAGGGUGCGGCGAAGGAGACUAUUAAAGCGGCGGCUGAUCAAAUUCAGAUGGACAGUGGUGGUAAUAUAAAGCUUGAGGAAAAUGGUCAAAUGUCUAACUUCGAAACAGCCCACAAGAUGAUCAGGAAUACCGACAGUGGCCUCCAACCACAACUUCAAGGAAAAGUUGAAGAGCACAUUGGAGAGGAUGAUACGGCGGUUGGUACAGGUGGUGGCGCAGAGAAAGUUAAGAUCGAAAAAGGGAAAUUUACGCAUUAUGAAAAACAUAUUACGCAGCCUCUGGAGUCGGGCAAAACUCUAGAAGGCAAGCAAGACGAAGGCCUCCUUCCAGAGGCAAUCGGAAGCAUCAAGAGUGUAGGUCUGGCAGAACUUAAAAUAAUCGAGCCAGUUGUCGGUGGCAGAGCAGCCGAAAUUACUCAACAAACCUUCGCCGCUCCGUUCAUCGCAAUUGAGAAAGAGCUUGAAGACAUCAAGAAAUUGGUUGAUGGUGCUUCAUUUAUGGAUGAUAAUGGCAGAGGAGUCAGGGUCCUACUGGAAGAACUUAAAAGUGAACUCGGUAAUAAGAAUGGCAACGGCUUUUGGUACGUAUUUCCUAAGGCUUUCGAAGAUAUUAAAAAGGCAAAUAGUGAUCUGCAUAACACUAAAUUCACUACAGGACUCAAACAAAUCGACACAGCCGUCCAAGCAGUUAGGAAGGAGCUUAAAGGGCUUUGGAAGGUGUUGCAGAAUAAAUAUGGUGAUAAAAGUGCUGUGAUCGACGUUUUACAAGAUUUGAGAGAUGCUGCGCCUUGUGAUAGGUCACGUUGUGAUGGCAAAGAUGCGGAGGAUACUGUGAAGUAA